AUGUCGCUGCCUGUGGAGACGCUGUUCCCUGGAGCAGACAUGCCGCUCAAGGUGACCUUUGUUUGGAAUGGGACACGCCGAGUUGCUGAAAUCGUGCCGGCAAGCCCGCUGGAGGAAGUGCUGGCCAUGGUCCAUGGGCUGGUGGGCGAGGCUGAGGAGACCAAGCUGGUGCUGGUAUACAAGUACGGCAAGGCCGGAGAGAAGAAGCUGGUCAUCCGGUCAGAGCAUGAGUUCCAAGCCGCAUGCAUCGCCUGGCCCGGUGCUGGGGACAUCACCUUUGAUGUCGAGCUGGAGGCCAUGGUUGAUCUCGACUUUAACGAGCUCUGCCUGAGAAGGCUGGCCCUGCUGGACAAGCCCGACGAGUUGCGGCGGCUAGAGUCGCGGAUCAUGGAGACGUUCGAGUCUCCUGGUGUGUGCUACAUCAUGACCAUGGGCGGCAUCGGUGACGUCGUCUACGAGUUCUCCAUCUACCACGCCCUGGCACUCAUCAUGAAAAUGCGCCAGAUCACGCACCCGAUCAUCCGCGGCCUCGGCGGAAACAUUGUCAAGUUUGAGGGCGAGAAGACCUUUGUGGCCUUUGGUGACGAGCGGACGGCGCUCGCCACUGGCAUCAUGGUUAUGUCGGCGCUCGCCGAGUACAACGCCGAGGUCGACGACGCGAUGCGGAUCGAGGUCUCCAUCGGCAUCGACUCGGGCCCGAUCCUGCUCAUUCCGCACGACCUGUACGGCGACUGUGUCAACACUUCGUCCAAGCUCGGUGAGGAUACCGCCGAGCCCGGCGAGCUGCUCAUCUCGGACCGUUCGUAUGCCCAGAUCCAGAACGACCCAUCGGGCGUCGACCUGCCGUUCUUCCGGGUCAUCGGCUCUGUGGCGCCGGCCGACGCUGACGCGCUCUACGCCCGCGCCUCGUCGGGAACUCCCGUCUCGCCAGUUGCUCCGUCGACCACCGCCGCCAUCCACGACACACACUACCACGAGUGCACGUUUGCCAAGCUCUGCCGCCAGCGGCUGCUGCAGGACCGGGCCGGAAACACCAAGUUCAUCGACGAGCGCAUCCGUGAGCGGUAUGAGCAGACCAAGGUCAUCCUCGUCUCGGACAUGUCCGGCUUUACCCGCACCGUCCGCAAGCGCGGCAUCCUCCACUUUCUCUCGCUCAUCAUGCUCAUGCGCAAAAUUGUGGUUCCCAUUCUCGAGGCCCACGGUGGGUACCUGGUCAAGACCGAGGCUGACAACCUGUACAUGCUGUUUGACGACUGCGACGCCGCUGUCGCCGGCUGCGUCAAGGCCCAGCAGGCGCUCGCGGCUUACAACGACGCCCAGGCCGUCGAGGACGACAAGGCCCUCGUCGGCAUUGGCCUCGACUACGGCCCGGUCCUCAAUGCUGUCGACGACGAAGACAUCUACGGCUACAACCGCAACCGCGCAGAGGUGCUUGGCGAGGACGAGGGCGACGCUGAGCUGUUGCUCAUCUCGGACAACCCCAAGCAGGCCGACGGCUUUGACGGCGACGAGCCCAUCGAGUACUAUCUCAUCGAGUGGGAGCGGAGCGGGUGA